CACCUAGCUAUUGCACGCUAUUUAAUGGCGAUAUCUGUGUUUUGUUUUUAAUAAUUAUUCGUAAUUUCUGUAAUUAAGCCCGUACUUGUGAAUGCCGAAAACUAAAGACAUCAUUAGAAAGCAGAAUAUUAAAUGAGUUUUUUUUAGUAUAUUCAAGUGCGUGAUUGCUUCUGGAUGAGCUGAACUGAGAUGCCUCCGAAAAAGAAUGCUGGUAAUGUAAAAGCCGGCAAGUCAAAGGGCGGCGAUGACGGAGAACAAAAAGGGAAAGGAGAGAAGAAAGGGGGAACUGCUGUCAAAGUGAGGCAUAUUCUCUGUGAAAAACAGACCAAAGUACUAGAGGCAAUGGAGAAACUAAAAGCUGGUCAAAAGUUCAAUGAAGUAGCCACUACAUACAGCGAAGACAAAGCACGCUCUGGUGGGGAUCUAGGUUGGAUGACCCGCGGUUCUAUGGUCGGUCCAUUCCAGGAAGCUGCCUUUAUGCUGCCGGUGUCAAGUCUUGGUUCUCCAGUCUACACAGAUCCACCAGUGAAAACGAAAUUUGGCUACCAUAUUAUUAUGGUGGAAGGGAAAAAGUAGAUCGUAAUUUUGUAAUUCAUUGCAUUGAAUUGAUCAAAGGGAAUUGGUUAGUAUUGGCAAUAAGAGGUGAUAAAACUCGAUUUCAAAAGUC